AUUAAAAUAAAUAAAUAAAAAUAAUAAUGGCAAUCUCAUCGUCAGUUUCAUCCACUCCAUCUUCUUUAGGGUUCAUCAUUUCUGAACAAAAACCUACAUUAUUUUCAUCCAGUCGAAACUCUAAUUACUCUAUUAGUAGUAGUAGACAUAAAAAACCCUUACAAUCUCUUUAUUCUUCAUACAAUCAGAACAUUAGUAACAAUAAAUUCUUCUUCUCAUCAUCAUCAUUUUCUUCAGCUCGUAAACGUCGUUUCGGUGGUAUUGUGAUUAGAGCAGCCGCUGAUUAUUAUUCAACACUUGGUGUUCCAAAAUCUGCUACCAGUAAAGAUAUUAAAGCCGCUUACAGAAGAUUAGCCCGUCAGUAUCAUCCUGAUGUCAACAAGGAACCUGGAGCAACUGAUAAAUUUAAGGAGAUUAGCGCUGCAUAUGAGGUGCUAUCAGAUGAACAAAAGAGGUCUAUGUAUGAUCAAUAUGGUGAAGCUGGAGUUAAGAGCUCUGUAGGAGGUGGUGGAGCUUAUGCGGCUAAUCCCUUUGACCUGUUCGAGACUUUCUUUGGAGGAAGUAUGGGUGGAUUCUCUGGAAUGGACCAAACGGCAUAUGGAAAUCGCCGUCGUAGUACAGUUAUUAAAGGUGACGAUAUACGGUAUGACAUGACGUUGGAGUUUACUGAAGCUAUCUAUGGGGCUGAAAAAGAAUUUGAACUUUCCCAUUUGGAAACAUGUGCUGUUUGCUCUGGUUCUGGAUCAAAAGUAGGGUCAAAGAUGAGAAUAUGCUCCACCUGUGGUGGCCGGGGGCAGGUUAUGCGAACAGAACAGACAGCUUUUGGUCUGUUUUCCCAGGUAUCUGUCUGUCCUACCUGUGGUGGAAAUGGUGAAGUAAUUUCUGAAUUUUGUCGGAAGUGUUCUGGUGAAGGACGUAUCCGUGUUAAGAAAGAUAUAAAAGUUAAGGUUCCUCCAGGAGUCAAUAAGGGAAGUAUUCUACGAGUCGCCGGAGAGGGUGAUGCAGGACCUAAAGGCGGGCCUCCAGGAGAUCUUUAUGUGUAUCUUGACGUAGUGGACAUUCCUGAGAUCCAAAGAGAUGGUAUAAACUUCAACUCAACAGUUUCCAUCAGCUAUAUUGAUGCUAUCUUGGGGACUAUUAUAAAGGUGAAGACAGUUGAUGGGAUGACUGAACUACAGAUUCCUCCUGGUAUUCAGCCGGGUGAUGUAGUUGUUUUGGCAAAAAAAGGUGCUCCAAAGCUAAACAGAGCAUCAAUUCGUGGUGACCAUUUAUUCACCAUUAAAGUAACUAUACCAAAUCGUAUCAGUGCAAGGGAGCGUGAAUUACUUGAAGAACUCGCGAUAUUAAAUGACACCAGUGCCAGCCGUCCACGCACCCGUCCUAAACCCCAGCCUCCCGCUGAAAUCACAGAAAGUCAGGUGGAUGUGGAGUCAGAGAAGUCUGACGAAUCUGAAGAGGAAAUUGAUUUAUGGAAGACGCUGAAAGACUUUGCGGGGUCUGUUGCAAAUGGAGCCCUGAAGUGGCUAAAGGAUAAUCUUUAAUCCAGGGAAAAGGUUACACAGGUAAACAUAAUGAUUCUAUCUUCAUCCCUCUGCUAGGAGCCAUCAAUUUUUUGCCUCUGAAGUGGCCUCAAGCAUCAUGCAAUCAUUUAUCCCUAAAAAGAUUAUGAGUGAGCCGUUUUUUGAAGAAAAUUAGAUUGUAUGUUAAGAACUUAAAUCGGCCACCAUAGAAAAGAUACGAUUCCUGAUUCUCCUUGUAAAUUUCAUUAUUAGAUGGAUUAGCUCAAAUUUUUUCGGGGAAGUGUAAGAUACAGUAUGAUCCAAUACUAGUAUUCUUUGUAAUAAUAAUGAACUUUCGCUUUACGAUUGUGAAUGAACUUCCUCAAAACACUAUACGAGUUUUGGAAAAGCUUAUUUUAUUGUUGGUUCUCAU